UGAAUAUUACACACCUACCCGUAUAAGAAAAUGAAGGAUAUUGCACUGAGUUUGAUUUUGAGCAAAGAAAAAGUGUGUAUUCAAUACACAAUUAAACGGAAAAAAGAUGAGUGAAACGAGAAUAAAUGAAAUAAUUGUUGCGGCGAUAGAUUUUGGAACGACAUUUUCUGGUUACGCCUACUCUUAUAGGGAGGAGUACUUACGAGAUCCACUUCAGAUAUAUUCAAAUCGCUGGGAUGGCCAGAUUCUUCCGCAAGCCCCUACUGUGCUACUGUUCAACAGUGAAAAGACGGAAUCUUACUUCGGAUUUGAGGCGGAAGAGAAAUACGAUGGACUAAUAAAAAGAAAAGAACAUAAAGACUGGCGAUAUUUUCGAAGGUUCAAAAUGGAUCUUCACAGAGAGAAAAAAAUCACACGGAAAAUGACUAUAAAAGAUGCACAAGGGAGAAAUAUGCCUGCGGUGGAAGUUUUUGCCGCUGCCAUUAGACAUUUGAAGAAUCAUUUUAUGGAGCAGGCUAAGCUGAGGGUAAAAAUCCAGGAGAAUGAAGUUCGUUGGGUGAUCACCGUCCCUGCUAUCUGGAGUGAUGAUGCCAAAGAAUUCAUGGUUGUGGCGGCAGAAAUGGCUGGAAUAAAAGAAGAUAAAUUAUCACUUGCAUACGAACCAGAAGCUGCGGCUAUUUACUGCAAACAUAUGAGACUUGCAAAGCUAAGAGAGCCAGGAAAAGAUGCAACAAUUCAACCGUUUCCUACGGGACUAAAGUUUCUUGUUCUUGAUCUUGGAGGUGGAACUGUCGACAUUUCCGCACAUCAAGUGCAAGACGACGGCUCUCUAAAAGCACUUAGAGAGCCUUCAGGUGGAAAAUUGGGAGGGACUCUUGUCGAUGACGGUUUUUUAGAAAUAUUUGAAGGUCUCUUUGGAGCUGAUUUCAUGACUGGCCUAAAAAGCGACAUUGAACAAGCCGAAUCUAAACGCGAGCUUGAUGCCGAAAUUGAAAUGAAGAAGAGAACAAUUGUUGGUAAAAGUAAUGCCAAGGCUUUAAAUCAGUUACUAUUUGCGGUGAAAUCAAAGUGA